AUGUCUCUUAAACCCAUUGUUCUUUACAGCCACGCCACCGGUCCCAACCCGUGGAAGGUGACCGCCAUCCUCGAAGAACUCAAGCUCCCCUACGAAACCAAAUUCCUCCAAUUCCCCGAAAUGAAACAAGAUCCCUUCGAGAAACUCAACCCCAACGGCCGUGUCCCCGCCAUCGAAGACCCCAACACCGGUAUCUCUCUCUGGGAAUCUGGCGCUAUCGUCGAAUAUCUUGUCGAAACCUACGAUAAGCAAAACACCAUUAGCUUCGCCGCUGGUUCCCCCGAGUACUUCCAGGCGAAGCAGUGGCUGCACUACCAGAUGUCCGGACAGGGUCCAUACUUCGGACAGGCCGUAUGGUUCAGUGUUUUCCACCAGGAGAAGAUCCAGAGUGCCAUCGACCGGUAUCUGAAUGAGAUCCGGAGGGUGUCGGGUGUGUUGAACAAGGAGUUGGAGGGUAAGGAGUAUCUCGUUGGGGGCAAGUACAGCUAUGUUGACGCGGCUUUCGUGCCGUGGUAUGUUGCCAUUGGGGCACGACUUGCUGGUGCCGUCGACGUGGCUAAGGACUUCCCUAACCUGAAUGCUUGGUUGGAGAGGGUUAAAGCUAGGCCCGCGGUGACUAAGACUUUCCAGGACAGAGCUGCUGUUAUUGCUCAGCACUAA